CCCCGGCCGGAAUCGAUUUCAAAUUACCCCUCCACUAGUCGAAAUUAAAUAAUGUAUUGUAUUUCUUUCAUGGCGUCUGCCACCCCUUUAUAUAGAUCCUCGUCUAUCCUCGGAAACCCCAAACCCGAAACACAAUCUAUUCAUCACAGCUUACUGAAGCAAGCAACAAGGCAAACCCCCAGAAUGGGGAAAUGCAGGUCACUUUUGGUGUUCCCUCUGCUGAUUCAUGCCCUGUGCUCCUUACUGCUUCCUCAGCCCAUACUGUCGAAUGAGCUGAACGAGUUCUCUCGUCAGCCUCCUCGCCCAGUCAUCUUCACUAAUCACGACCGCUCCGACUCUGAUCCUCAACAGGUGCAUAUUUCGCUGGUGGGGCGAGACCACGUGAAGGUGUCGUGGAUUACAGAGGACAAGCACGCACCAUCGACGGUAGAGUACGGGAGAGUGUCUGGGGAAUACAGUGAGAAGGCAAAGGGGCAUCAUACGUCGUACAAAUAUUUCUUGUACAGUUCCGGCAAGAUCCAUCAUGUCAAAAUCGGACCACUUGAGCCAAGCACCACUUACUUCUAUCGCUGCGGUGGGGCUGGCCCUGAAUUUUCCUUCAAGACUCCUCCGGCUGACCUCCCCAUUGAAUUUGUGGUCGUUGGUGACUUGGGGCAAACAGAAUGGACUGCAUCGACCUUAAAACACGCCGAUAGCAAAGACUAUGACGUAUUUCUGUUACCGGGAGACCUGUCAUAUGCGGACACUCAUCAACCACUAUGGGAUUCCUUCGGUCGUUUUGUGGAGCCGUAUGCCAGCCGACGGCCAUGGAUGGUGACGGAGGGCAAUCACGAGAUCGAGUCGUUUCCCACCACUUACCCUGAAAGCUUCACGGCCUUCAAUGCUCGUUGGCCUAUGCCUUUCAAGGAAAGUGGCUCCACCUCCAACCUCUACUACUCUUUUGAGGUCGCAGGUGCCCACGUUCUCAUGCUGGGCUCUUACAUCGACUUCCACGUGGACUCUGACCAGUACAAGUGGCUUCAGGCCGACUUGGCCCGUGUCGAUCGCCGCAAGACUCCUUGGCUCAUUGCUCUCCUUCACGCUCCUUGGUAUAACACUAACACGGCGCACCAAGGUGAAGGCGAGAGCAUGAGACGGGCCAUGGAAGAUCUGCUUUAUAACGCCCGAGUUGACUUGGUCUUUGCCGGACACGUCCAUGCAUACGAACGCUUUGCUCGAAUUUAUAACGACAAGGCUGAUCCGUGCGGUCCCAUGUACGUGACGAUUGGGGACGGAGGAAACCGGGAGGGACUUGCAUUAACGUUUAAGAGUCCAUCGAGCCCUCUGUCGCUGUAUCGGGAGCCAAGCUUUGGGCAUGGAAGGUUGAGGAUCCUGAACGAGACGCACGCGUAUUGGUCAUGGCACCGCAACAACGACACUGAUUCAUUUGAAGCUGACAACGUUUGGAUACACAGUUUAAGCAGCUCCAAAGCAUGCUGGCACCCCACUUGUGAUGAACUCUGAUUAAAAACACAGGCUACACCGAUUAAAUUAUUGCGCGUCAGCUCGGCCUUAGUUAGCUUCAAACCAGUCUCUUGUUUGUUAAUUUCCUGUAGGAUUAUUUUCGCUUUAUAUUUUGAUCGUCAUUGAUUGUUUUAUUGCUGG